UGAGCAGAAGCGUCACCGGCACCAGCAGCAGCAGCAGGAGGAGAGGGAGGAGAGCCGAGCGCAUCCCAAAGUUUGAAGCUGUUCGGACACAGCAGACACAAGGACCGGGUUAUGUGGAGUCAGGUGGUGGUUUAGAAGGAACUGCAGUGAUUCUUCGGUUUAACCGGGAACAUCUGAUGACAACAGUCCGUUAACAUCCCUCUGUCGUGUCAUGACUGACAGUUGGAAGAGCUGCGAAAACAGGUUCCUUGUUCAGCAGACUGAAGAUCGAACUGGAUGAAGCCACUUUUCUUUUAUGACUGACAACUUAACAAACACAAAGUCACCUUCUCAGAACCUUCUAAUUCAUUUUCUACCUCUUGUUGCUUCUUUACUUGUCAAGGGAGGCACUUUUUGAAGAUAUCAUCCCAAAGGGAAACAAUGAAAGGAACUUAUUUCAACACCUGACGGCUCUGACCCACUUAUCUCACUCCAACUAGCUGGGCUGAAGGAAGACUUUGCAUUUAGCAGGCAACAUCAGCAAAGGUGAUACCCUGUUUUAUAUUCAGGGCCAUUGAUCCACUGACCUCUAGAUCUAAUUAGCCACACACAGACACCCACACAUGUACACACGCAGACAAACACCUGGCUUUCUUGUGUUUGUAACACUUGUGUCUGGCCUUCAGUUCAGUGACACAACGCCCAGACACACAUUUAAACAGCUAUACUCAAUUGGGUGUUAGAAGUCCAUCUGCACACCAUUAACUCCCAUAGAGAACACUGACCUUGGCUGUGAUCAGACACGUGUUUUGUGUGUUUGCAUUAGCAGGAGGCAGUGUCACAUCCUGUCUGCUCUGAUUGAGAGUGAGAAUGAGAGUGGAUGUGGCAGACUGGCCUUGAUAAAUACUCUAAAAAAAAAUUUACCGCCUGAGGGUCGGCCACUCAAACUGGAAGCCAUAGAGCUUCAUUAGACUGUUUAGUCAGUUCCUCAAAAUGUGUGACACUAAAAAGUAGUGCAUAUUAAUUUAAAAGUGUUCGUGUGCAUAUGCAUGUGUGUCUGUUGCAUUGUCAGAGCAGAUUAGGGCCAGGCCUGUCUGGGUCACGUCACUUUGGCUGACCUAGAUUUGACAAAAUAAACUGGCCACCUGAGGAAAACGCAUGUGCAAGUCCUGCUGUGAUCAGAAUACGCACAUUUUUUAAACAACUACACCACACUCUCUGAACUCAAGAUUGUUCUGCAGUCCUCUUACUUGUUAACUACCUUCUACCAAACUUCUUCACCCAACAAGCAGGGUCUACAAUAUAAAACUUGUGAACUGCCUUUUUACUUAGCCUCAUAAUCAAACUCCCGAUCUCCAGUUUGGCUUUUGUCUCUACGCCACCCCUCAUGAACACCUUCCCUUCCUUCUCUGCACCUCCUCCCAACACACCAACCAUCCAGUCAGUGUGUAAGCCCUGCCUUCGGGCCCCGUGGAGGAUGAACGAUGUGCCCACUCUUGACUACGAGUUGCUGCUGUCCCCGGCCAGCUCCUCCCUCUCCGGCAGUCCUGGCGGUGGCAGCAGCAGCCCCCCUCUGGCGCUGGUUGGGGUGGACAAUGAGCAGCGCACCGCCUUGGCCUUUGUAGGCCUCCUCAUGCUAUUCCUGGUCUUCCUGCUGGUCAGGUGCUUCAGGAUCCUGCUGGACCCUUACAGCCGCAUGCCUGCAUCAUCCUGGACUGACCACAAGGAGGGGCUGGAGAGGGGUCAGUUUGAUUAUGCACUGGUGUAGGGUGAUGUGUCAACAGGGUGUAGAAGAGGGAAUAUUUCAUUGUACACGGACAGGGUCUUUUAUAGUGUAGUCUAAUUUAGAAGUGGAGAUGGACAGCAACAAUUCAUUAUAUUGUGAAUGCACUCUAAGAGGGAAGUUUACCUGGUGUUGUAGUAUGCCUGGUUUAUAUCUCUGUACUACAGUCUGUGUACUGGUGUAAAUGUGAGGCUGUGGGGACCCUGUGUAACCAUAACAAGUAUGGUUCAACAAAAGGUAAAGCCAAACACUCACCCAAACCCAGAUAUUUGACCAUGAAAAAAACAGAAAUAUUAAGCUGCACAGCUGCCUUAACCUGACCUAAUGUACAAGUCUAACCACAUCACAACAUCACUUUAGGGCUAGAUUUUCCUAAUUCCACUGCUUGUCAAAUCACAACAUAGUUUUGAACCUCAAAGUUGCGUUUUUCACGAGAACUCUCGACACAUAGAACACAGGUAGAACUUAAAUGAAGGCGUUUACACUUAAGCAGAUGCCCCUUUAAUGAACCAAGGUCCAUUACAAAGCAUCCAUGUGUUAAGUGCUGAUCAAGUAGCACAAUUCCUCACAUUUGUUUUGAUUUGGGACACUGAUCCUCGAGCAGCACUGCAGUUCCAGAUGCUUUUAAGAUGCUUUUGAAGCAGGUAGUUUAUGUCUCCAUAAAAUCUUGUCUGUGUAUGUUUUGUGUGUUACUGUGUCUAUAACGGAGAAGCCAUAUUGAAACAUAUAUAAUCUCUUAUUACUGCAAGUAGAAUUUAUGUUCAGUGGUUGUGUCCUUUGCUUUAGUCAGCCUGCCAAGUGUGGUGAUGAAGCAAACAGCAACCUUUAGGCAAAAAAAGCUUUAUUUUUCUAUUCUUGACUCAAGUUUGGGAGUCCCCUUUUUGCUAUCUUUCUGUCCUUUUCCUCUUACUGUAUGGAUCCUUAGACUGUGGAUUUUUGAGGUAGUCAUGCAGCCACGUCUUAGACGGAAGCAAAGCAGGUAGCUUUGCUUUUUUUUUGUGUUUUGUAAUUACAUAUUUUUCUGACUAUCAGCUUUGUUUUUGAUACACUGUGUUGAAUCAGUGAAAAUAGAAAGAUUUUCUCCUUAAAUUACUCUUCUUUAAUUUCCACUGAUUGCUGAACUGUGUGGAGGGUCCACACACACACGUUCAUGUUGGAAAUGAAAUAAAAUGAUUACUACUUAUUUCUCAUCGUGUGUCACACUUGAAAGCCAUCACACUGAGAUAAAAGAAAAACUCAGGCAACCAAAAUUUAAAAAUAAAACCCACAAUACUUUAUU